UCUCUCUCUCUCUCUAUUUCGAUUUGUUUUCUUCUUCUUCUUCUUCGUCUGAAUUCAGCGUCUUAAUUUCAUAGAUUAUUUUCUGGAUUUCGUGGAUCUGCUACAGUGAGCGUUACAGGUCGUAUGUACGUUCCCGUAUUCUGGAUUAUUGAUUCGUAUGACCAUGUCUCCGUCUUCUUAAGGUCAAAUUAUUUUGAUUGUAGGCACUGUGCUAGGCUUAUGAUGAUUUGUUAGACACACCAAAGAAACCGGCUUUUGGGUAUGAUAUACUGCUUCUCUUGCUAAGUAUGAAGCGUGUUAUGAAAGCCCCUAAUAUUCCAGAAGAAAAUUUCCAAAGCAAUCAGAAAGGCAAACACGGGAGGACAUGUGGCCCUGCAAGACGAUCCACCAAAGGACAAUGGACGGCCGAAGAGGACGAAGUCUUGUGCAAAGCUGUUGAGCGUUUUCAAGGAAAGAACUGGAAGAAGAUAGCUGAAUGUUUUCCGGAUCGGACUGAUGUCCAGUGUCUUCAUAGAUGGCAAAAGGUCUUGAACCCAGAGCUUGUGAAAGGGCCGUGGUCAAAAGAGGAGGAUGCGACAAUAAUUGCUCUGGUAGAAAAAUAUGGGCCAAAGAAAUGGUCUACUAUUUCUCAGCAUUUACCUGGGCGCAUAGGAAAGCAAUGUAGGGAAAGGUGGCAUAACCAUCUUAACCCUGGCAUUAAUAAAAAUGCAUGGACCCAGGAAGAGGAACUGAUUCUUAUUCGUGAACAUCAAAUUUAUGGGAAUAAAUGGGCAGAGCUAAUGAAAUUUUUGCCAGGAAGGUCAGAUAAUUCAAUAAAAAAUCACUGGAACAGCUCAGUGAAGAAGAAGUUGGAAUCCUACUAUGCAUCAGGUCUUUUAGAUCAGUCUCAAAGCUCGCCACUCAUUGCCCUUCAGAACAAAUCUAUCGCUUCAUCUUCCUCGUGGAUGCACAGCAGUGGAGAUGAAGGCAAUUUCCAGCCAGGGGCUGAUGCUGAAGAAUCAGAAUGCAGCCAAGCUUCAACUGUUUUCAGUUGUUCAGUGUCGACCAAUGAUUUACUAGAUGAGGUUAAACCUGCAAAUCAAGAAUUCUACAUUCCUGAAUUGCCUUCAGGAAUAGAGCAGCAAAUCUCAAACUCUGCAUCUCAUGCAGAAUCAUACUACCCUUCCUUUGAAGAUGCCAAAAUUGUUGUCCCCGAAAUUUCUUGUGAAGCAGAAACCUCAAAGAAGUUUCAGAAUCAUUACUGUUCUCACGAGGUUAGAACUACCACAGAUACAGCGGAUCAAUUGCAGGGUGUGUCUAAUGAUUCUAAACAGGACCUCAAUCUAGACUGUCCUCAGUUAUUGACCAAUAACAUGGACGUGGAUGGAAAAAAUGAAGCACCCCAAGCUUUUCAAAGUUCAGUCAGAUUAAAGGAUCAACCUUCUUUGCCAAACUCGGACACAGAUAUUCAUCCACAAGCUCAAACUUUGAUCACGGAUGAGGAGUGCUGUAGGGUUCUUUUCCCAAAUACCGAGAAAGAUAGCGGUAUAUCUACUGGUGAGCAAGGUCAUAACAUGGUUGACCCUCAAAAGGGCAAAGGAUCUCUUUGUUCCCGGUCUGCAGAAACCCAUGUUCAUGAAACUGGAAACAUUCCAGCUUUAUCCUGGCAUCCUUCGAAUUCCGAGGGCCUGGCGGAUCAUAAUUGUGUUCGUUUGUUGUAUUCAGCUGUGAAGGACUCACGUUCACUCCGUAAUGAUUCUACUGAUCCUAUUCAAGGUUGUCACCUUCUUGAAGCUACUGCAUUAGAUUGUAAAACUGAUACAAAUGACAAUUUCAUCGACACUGAUGGGCGUGUAAUUUCCCGUGGCAAUGAUGAUAAUGAUGGUAUCCAACAGCAGGAGCUGGCAUAUAUUCCCAAGGAUUCUUUGAAGCUAGUACCUUUGAAUAGUUUUUCAUCUCCUUCUAGAGUGAACAAGGGUUAUUUUCCGAUUGGCGAUAAGCCAGCUGAAAAAGACAAAGGAUCUCUUUGUUAUGAACCUCCACGUUUUCCGAGUGCAGAUAUUCCUUUCUUCAGCUGUGAUCUUGCACCAUCAAAUAGUGACUUACGGCAAGAGUACAGUCCCUUUGGUAUCCGCCAAUUGAUGAUUUCUUCGAUGAAUUGUACAACUCCGUUAAGGUUAUGGGAUUCACCGUGUCAGGAUAAGAGCCCUGAUGUCAUGCUUAAAGAUGCUGCAAAAUGUUUUAGUGGUGCACCAUCCAUCUUAAAGAAGCGGCAUCAGGACUUGUUGUCACCCGUGCUUGAUAGAAGAAAAGAUAAAAGGCUUAAAAGAGCUGAGGCUUCCUCCUUGGCUAAAGAUUUUUCACGCUUAGAUGUUAUGCUUGAUGAUGGAGGUGAUUGCAAGUCCUCUCGUCUGUUAAAAUUUCCUGACAAUGAAAAUAGAUGUUCCUCCCCUUCCGAAGCAAAAUAUAAUAAGGAUGCUUCAGGUUGGUCAUAUCAAGAAAUGAUACCUAUAGGUGAAGACCCAAAGGAAACCUUGGAGUCAGGAAGAGUGACUUCUAUGAAAAACGAAAAGGGAUGUAGUGAUGACGGUGGGGCUUCAGAUAAAAUUGACCAAGAUACUUGUAGAAGUUUGGCUGAUCAUAAUGAUGCUGAGAUGCAACUGAGUUCUCCUGAUAAAACUGGAUCUAGACCAGAUAACAAAGUGAAUACAAGUGCGAAAAAUCCGUCGAACCAACAGAAAAAGUCAUUAGGUACUACUAUUCCAAAUGGAGAAAUCUUAUCAGAACCUCCAUGCACUGCAGACUCUAUUCCUUUAUCAGCGAUUGCAGGAAAUAAAACCAACACUGCAGAGAGUAGUUUUGAUAUUGAAAACUUCAGCAUAUUUGAUGGAACUCCGUUCAAAAAACUCCUUGAUUCCCCAUCACCAUGGAAAUCCCCUUUACUCUUUGGUUCUUUCUUGCAAAGUCCCAAGUUGCCUCCAGAAAUUACAUUUGAGGAUAUUGGGUGCUUUAUGAGUCCGGGAGAGAGAAGUUAUGAUGCCAUAGGACUGAUGAAGCAUUUGAGUGAACACACAGCUACGGCGUAUGCAGAUGCUCUGGAAGUUUUGGGUAAUGACACGCCUGAAUCGAUACUUAAGAAGAGACAACUGAACAAAUCUAUUCAAGGGAAAGAAAAUCAGCACUGGCCUCACGAUCAGCUGGAAAACCGUUCCCAGGUGGAGCGUCGCGCCUUGGACUUCAGCGAUUGCGGGACACCAGGGAAAGCAAAUGUAUCCUCGGUUUCUCCAGGCGGCUACUCGAGCCCAUCAUCUUACCUUUUGAAGAGUUGCAGAUAGUAAAGGCUGCUUUUGUUCAUAAGAGCUCUGAAGGGAUUUAUUCUCGCCUUCAAAUUUUUUUUGAUCCCUAAUAUUUGUAUGUCAUAUUUCCAUUCCCACCUUCUGUCUUAAAAUGUGUAGAUCUUUCAGCUCUGGACAUGAUACAAUUGAUUAAAUAGAACAAAUGUUUACUUGUUCUCAAGAAAUUUUU